UAGUAUUACGUGGUGAGAGGCAUGUUUUGUAAAAUGUGAAUGGGUCAGUGUGAGGAAGUUCGGAGGUUCGGAGGUUUCGGAGUAAUUGAAGAUAAUCAGUUUCUGUAAGUAUACAGUUAGUGAGAGGAACUGUGGCAUAAAUGAAAUAAAUGAUAUGGCGAGUUGGAAGUAAAAUAAUAUAUUCUGUGGAAUAAGUGUGUAUAGGUGUCUCAAGCCGUUGUUGACGCAUUAUCAUAACUAUUUUAUUCAAAUGAUAAUACGUAGUGCCGUACGAAAGCUCUUUUAGUUGUAGUUAGGACAAGUAGUAUUGAUCAGUGAAUGGUGUUGAUGCAAUGUUGGCGUGUUUUUUCCAGAGAGCCAUGCUGCUAACAUGGACAACAGCGUAGCAUUAGGGUAACAUAUUGUUAGCAAUAAUUUUAUUUUUUCCAUAAAACAGUCACCAGUUACAAUACAUUAUUGUUAUAAAUACGUCAAGACAAUCAGUGAAGAAGAAAUUAUAAUUUAGAUUGUAUGUUGGAUUGAUGUAUCAGUACAGUGAAAGAAAUUGCGUCUCGCCUCGUGGUGAAGCUGAGCUUUUGUAUUAUAUUAAGCAAAAUGGCGGCUCAAGUCGCUCAGUCCAGUGAUGGCCCUCAAAGCAGAGAGACGGUAGGAGUAUCGUAUGCGAAUGCAGUACUUAAUUUUAAGAACAUCGAUAGUAAUAAAGAAAACAUAAAUGCGGUAUCACAUGCGACCCCUAAAGAACACAGUGUGAAAGAAGCUCCAACAAGAAGUAAGACAGCAGUGCAAAAAAGUGUUAAGCAUCACGCGUUAAAUGUUUCUGGCCCGAACAGUGCACAUGGCAACGAGGAUUUUCCUCAGAUUAUCCCACAAGGUAGGAGUUCGAGGAGAUUACCCGAGAAAAUGGACGAGAAUGUUAAUGUGAGCAGUAGACCCGUAAAUAGUUCAUGUGCCGACAAGUCGGAACAUGAUGAACAGAGUUGUUCUUUAAUUGAAAACGAGGGAGACAGUGUUUCUGAUAAAGUUCCUGAAAAGAAGAAGUAUGUGGAAGCACCUUUGCCAAAGAUAAAUCCAUGGACAGUGAAUAAGAAUGCUGCAUCAGUGAUAAGAGGGAAACAGUCAGAGGCUAAACCGCAGGCUGGUUCCAAUUUUAUUACACCUGCUGUGACUUCAAAUGAGAAGCGAGUUUUGCAACCCCAGCAGCAGGGUCGAGUAGAAAAUGGAAGCGUGAACACUGUGAAACCAACUGUAGUGAGAGCUCCACGUGAUCGCAGGAGAUUCAAUCAGCGUGCAAGUGACUUCUCAGAUGUAGAUGACUGGCCAACUCUUGGGGGUGCAGAGAAGAAAGGCCCAGUGAAUCCUGUUCCAUUGGCAAAACAAAAUGGUUACAUGAGGGGAAAUGCUGGGAACAGUAACAGUAGCACCAGUAAUGGACAGGCUUUAAACAGUGAAGGAGCUCAUGGCCCAUUCCUUCCUGAGGUUAAACCUGUGCAGAAUGGCAGUUCAUCCUUUUUGGAGGACCAGCACAAAGGCUCCAAACAGCCAGCUGGACCAGAGGCUGCAGAGAGGAGGAAAAAGAACCCAAAGCAGAAAUGGGUUCCAUUGGACAUUGACUUAGCCAAGGGGUGUGGAAAAAGAGAUCACUCACCAAAGUUCUAUAGUGGACACUACAGGGAGAGGAAUGGAGAUCAUGGUAUUGAACACUACAGCCGUGAUGAUGGGGAUAGUUGGAGGAGCACGGAUGGUUCGGACAGACGGAGCCAUCACUUCAGAGGUGGUCGUGGUGGACCGAGGCACAGGGGAAGAGGUGGACAUGGUGGAGGACGAGGCUUUGGACGGGGGAAUUACCGUAGAGGGGGCCCACCCCACAAUGGGUCUGACUAUCCCGAUUACCCAACAGAAUACACUCAGGUCAAGUUUGGGGGUCCAUCUGAACAACCAGGCUUUAUGAUGCCAUAUAUGGGGACAUUAUACUUUGAUGGCAACAGCUACCUGAAUGUGGAUGAACCUACAUUGAAGGAAUACAUACGAAAGCAGAUAGAAUACUACUUCAGUGAAGAGAACUUGUUACGAGACUUCUUCGUUCGUCGCAAGAUGGAUAAUGAAGGUUACUUACCAGUUAAACUUAUCGCAUCAUUCCAUCGGGUCCAGGCAUUGUCUACAGACUUGAAUUUGGUGACUGCUGCUAUAAGGGACUCAGAAAUGCUCGAAAUGAAUGAUUUCAAGGUAAGAACCAAGAAUGAUCCAACAAAAUGGCCAAUAACCGAACCUGGCAAACAGUUUCUUGACUUGGGUCUGCAUCAUGGUGUUGGGCUGAUAAUGCCAGGUCAGAGAUCGGCAAGCAUUCAUCACUUUACACACCCUCCAGACAUUCCUCCACCGCCUCUUCCAGCAGAUUUUCACUCAUUUUCAUCCCCAUCAGCUCCACCAAUAACAGUUGACUUGACUGACCACCAAAAUGGCGUCGAUUUGCAUCAUGUGGGAGAGAACUUAAAUCCAGAUGUUCCUGAAUUCAUCCCUGUGACUGUGAGAGUCCGAGGCGAGACUGGUGAUCAGGAUUUAGCAGAAACAGAGAGAAGUGAAAGUGGAGAGCAGCACAAAGAUCGGGAAAUUAUCCGUGAAGAAUCUUCUCAAACAUCACUUGGCUCUCGUCAAGCAGAGAAAGAGGUGUCUGCAAGCAGCUGCCAAGAAAACCUGGAGUCCCGGGAGCAGAUUGGGGUACCUAUCCUGAAGAAUGGUUCCCAGUCACAUUUUGGUGUAAAUUGUGGUGGUGAUGAGGAUGAUAUCUGGAGAGAGGUAAAACGAAGAGUAAAGCCACCACCAAAAGAAAGACCAGAAGAAAAGAAAGACCGGAAAUGCUUUGAGGAAAGAGAGGAAUUAGAUUUUCAGUUUGAUGAAGAACUGGAUGGACCUGUACCAUCAGGAAGACAUAACAUGUUCACGGAUUGGUCUGAGGAUGAAUCGGACUAUGAACUUAGUGACCAUGAGAUCAACAAGCUGCUGAUUGUUACGCAAGCUACCUCCCAGUCAUCACGCUAUCCAAAGCAUGAGGGCUAUGAUCGCACAGGUGAUUGGACCACCAGAGUGAAGAUAACCCAGGACCUUGAACAGGUCAUCAGUGAUGGAUUGAACUAUUAUGAAGAAGGACUGUGGACAGAACAAGAGUGGCAGAGCUCAGGGAGCUACAAGACUGUGAAUAUCAUAACGCAAGAAGAUUUCGAGAAGAUGACACCACGUGCACCACGUAAACUCAACCCUGAAGUUCCUCCUCCUCCUCCCCCCUCUCUGGCACAGUCAUUGUGUACUGAAGAGCCAGUACUAGAGAUAGCAAGGUCUGCACCAACAGAGUUACAGAUUCCUGUAUUGGAACGACGCACUUCAGAAUGCAGUAACGGUGCCCGGCCACGUAAAGAGCAUCACCAUCGCCGAGCUUCACGCUUCUAUGCUGUUACCAAGGAUGACCACCCUCCAGAUACAAGCACCCUUCGAAAGCGAAAAACAAGACACACAAAUAAUCCACCAGUGGAAAGUCAUGUUGGAUGGAUUAUGGACGUCAGAGAGCACAGGCCUCGGACCAACUCUGUCAGUAGUAGUGCUGGAACAAGUCCCAGUGAGAGUCAUUUGGCGGGCAAUUACAGCAGCACACCACAGUCUUUGCCAACCUUCCAGCAUCCAUCUCACUCACUGCUGAAGGACAACAACUUCAAGCAGGAGGUGUACAGCAAGUACUACUCCAGAUGUCUUAAAGAGCGUAAGAAGUUGGGAAUUGGACAAUCUCAGGAAAUGAACACAUUGUUCAGAUUUUGGUCUUUCUUUCUGAGGGAAAAUUACAACCGUAAAAUGUACCAAGAAUUCAAAACGCUAGCAGUAGAGGACGCCCGAGAAGGAUACAGGUAUGGUCUGGAGUGCCUGUUUCGUUUCUACAGCUAUGGUUUGGAGAAGAAAUUCCGCCCUGAAGUGUAUCAGGAUUUUCAGGCUGAAACCAUUGCUGACUUCGAAAGUGGUCAGUUGUACGGACUAGAGAAGUUUUGGGCAUUCUUAAAGUACUACAAGCACAGUUCAAAACUCCACGUUGAUCCCAAGCUGAAAGAGUGUCUCUCAGGAUACAAUGAUGUGAAGGACUUCCGUGUAGUUAUGCCUGGUGAUGAGAACGAGUUGAGAGGUGGAUUCAGAGGAGCAUUUCGUCCACAUGCUGUGAAACGUCGCAGCCGUAGCGUUUCAGAGAGUUACAGCAUGGACGUGAGGCAGCAGUCCAUCUCCGAACGACAAGCAGCACAGCAGUUUCAGAAGCGUGUACGGCGCUUGUCAGGAGGUCCCGGCCCCAGUUCCGGCCAAGGCAGAUGGAGAACCGAGUCACACCCUUCUUGUAUAAGCCAAGUGUCUGUCACCUCUUCAAGUCGAAGAAGAUCAAAUUCUUUCAAUUCUGAAAGAGCUUUGGAAUCAAGCAGUUCCAAUUCAAAACAUUCUGAUUUAAAGGAUGCUAACCAAAGUGCAAAUAGUAAAGCAAGAGUAAAUUUUGAUCUUGGGGAGUCAGAACCUGGUAAGUCAAAUGUCAGUAACACAAAAUCUAAUUCAUCAGAUAUUAAUUCAGGUUGCAAGGUACGUGAAUCAAGAGAUGGCACCAGUUGUUCACCAACAUCUAAACCUGUUCACAAAAAAAAGGAAUCCUCCAGUAGUAAAAGCAGUACUGAGAAACAAAAGAGAGUUGGGGAUACUCUAAGGGAUGCUACCAACAAAGAAUGGGACGUAACAGAACACAUUUCAGCAUGAAAAUGAAUCUGCAUUGUCUCCAGAAAGUGAGUAUAAGUAGGCAUGUGUGAGAGUGAUUAUUUCAGAUCAGGACAAGAAUUUGGAAAUAUUUGAGAGUUGAGAUAAGAACAAGAAUUGUCUUUACUUAUCAUUGUAAUAACAAUUUAUUAUAUUAGCCACUUUUUCAUAUAUUACAUGUAUGUUGAUGUUGCUCAUAUUGAGACAGGAAUUGGUACAGGAGUAAAGUCAAGGUGCUUCAUACAGAAAUAUAUAAGGGUGCAGUGUGGGCAGGAGGAGACAGAUUUAAAUAGUCUGCAUGCUACCAGUGAAAGUGAAAGCAAUUAUAUGAAGAUUAUCAGAGUUUGAGACUCAAAAUUAAUAGCUAGAUUUCAAAGCAAGAUCGAAUUGUUUUUCUCAGUUCAUUCUCAGAAAUUCAAUACUUGCACAUGCCUGUAGAUAACUUUACUUACUGUAAGGUCAAAGUGAAAAGUGAGAUUUUGGCUGCAUUCAUAGCAUUUGCAGCUACUCUAAUGAUUCCAUAUUGAUUCGACAUUUGUGCUUAAUGAAGAAAGGCUGAUUAUUUCUGAAAACUGUACAGUUUUCUUCUGUUCUUUUUACAGACAGUCGUGCCAUAAUAGAAUAUGAUUUGGCAUAAUUGUUUUCUUGGUGCCUUAUCUGAGGCAUCCGGAUUAUGGAUGGAAUGCGAUCAGUAAUUUUGAAAGCCAAGCAUGGUUACUUCCAGAUAAGUUGGGUAGGGGAGUGACAUUUUGGAAAUAUAAGCUUUGGGUUCUGAAGUCAGUAUAAAAUGCAAAUUUCGUUUUGUGAGUCUUCCAAUACAGAAAACAGCAGGGAUUCCCAGGGUGCCCCGACAUUGUUGUUACAUAAAUCGUUUUUAUUUAAGUAAAAAUGUUUACAUAAUAGUGACUUCAUAAAACAUAACAUGUGCUUCAGUGCAUUUUUUAUUACUCCAGCCAUUGGUUUGUUAUUUGUACUGAUUGCUUUCUCAAUUGAAUUUUAAAUGAAUCAGUCAUUUCUAAAAGGCCUUGGAUCCAAAGAGAUUAACUUGAGAAAAAUGUAGUAAAAUAUGCUCCUGUGUAAGUACUGUGUGUUUCUUUUGCAGUUUGGAAUUGCAUGUUAAAACAUCUCUUACUACAUUUUCUCAGUUUUAAUCUACUUUCUUUCUGUCAUGGAAAAAAGUACGCAUAGAAUAAAUAGGUUAGUUUUCACAAAGUUUGACAUGAUUUCAUUCUGCCUCAGUUUUGUACUUACACGAAUUCCAAGUAACAGUGAUGAUGAUGAUGAUUAUGAGGAGGAGGAAGAAGAAGAAGAGGAGGAAGAAGGUACUGCUGCUGCUGGUGAUAGUGAUCUAUAACAUAGCCAGUUGGGUGAACUAGAGUUGCUCAUAUGGGUGUCUGCACACAAGUCCAGCAAACUAACAUAUGAGCUAAACUGCAUUUUGUUGUUUGAGCAUGAACUAACAUUACUCAAAUUUAACAUUAGGAAUACAAGAUUUGUAGGACUGAAAGUGUGUGCUGUAGUUGUGUGGACAUGGUGAGUUCUCCCUAGAACUUCAUGUAGGUUUGGGAAGAUUGAAUAGUUUUGACCAUGGAUCAGACAUCUUGAUGUCAUGAUGAUUUUGACAGCCAAAUUUGUCAAAUGGGCAAUGAUAGUACAGUGUUGUCCUGUGUUACAAGUUGAUGAUGAAAUAAUAGGCUUAGAAUGCUGCAGAAAUAGUCUUCUAAGAUGUUACUUUGCAUUGGUCAGUAAUGACCUGGUCAGGAAGCUGUGGGGGGUGGUAAUGCUUUUGGGUGGGGGUAGAUGUCUUGAUCAUAGAUCGGUGGAUGAGUGGCAGAAGAAAUAACUUGAGAGUGUAAUCUAUUGGUUAGACUAUAGGCUGCACUUGUCAUCUUGUGAGCUGAAGAGUGAGAUUCUUCAGUGCCUUCCCGAGGUCUCCCACUCGUCCCCAGGUGGAAUAUUGUAAUGCUGCUGGUUGGAGAAUCUUAUCAACAGAUAUAGCAUUCCAUGGUAUGCAUCUCCAGCAGAGAAGUUUGGUAGGUGAGUUAGGCUAUCAACUGCAUCGGUGGCUAAAAAUUGCAGACAUUUCAGGGACCAUCUCUGUCCCCAUAUCAAUGUCUCGUGCCGUAAGGUUCAAACUGUCCCUUCUGUAGAUGGUAGAUGAGACUUAUAUUUGUGGGAGAGUGUUCUCAGAUGUUGGUUUGUCCUUCAUCCAUGGUCUUGUUGAAAUAAAGACCAGUAAUCCCUUAAGAGUUGUUGGAUAGCCACUCUUGCCAUGAUGUUUAGCUGACUCCUGUUUCAGGCAUUGCAGGUUACCCACCUGGCAGUUGAGGGCUUUGCAGUUUCAGAAAAUGGGCAGGACAUAUUUACUUCAGUUUAUCUGUCCAUAUUUUCAUUCCAUCUUCAUCCCUUCAUCAUGGGGAACAUGCAUGAAUAUUCCAUAUGGAAUUUUGUCUUCAGGCACAAUUUUCUUUCGAAUAAUAUGUAAGGGGAGGAAGUUUGGUGUUAGCUGAAUGUGCUAAAGGAGUAGUGUAGAGGGUGUUUUUUUUUUGUGACUGGAUGUUUCUGUUAAAAUACUGCCCACUGUUGGUUUGUGUUUAAACCAGAGCAGUAUAUGUAGUCUUAGGGACACUGCACACCAGACUCCUGCUUUUGUGCAGUGUAAAGAUGUGUCAUGAUACUCAUGAGGAUCAUCGGUUGGCCAUAUUUGAAAACUGCAGGAUGCAAUGUGCUCAUUCUGCCGUCCAGUUCCUCAUCAUCAGAAUUCAGAUUUUCUGUGAACCAUUGGAGAUGAGACAAUUCGGUGGCAGCAGCUUAUGCGCUCGGUUUUAUUUCAUGUGCAAAGUUUUUUGGAGGACAGUUUUAAUAAAUUUGUUAUAAAGGGAUUUUUGUAGUGGAUUCAUUUGUAGACCAUGUUCAUUGCUAUAUUUAGUUUUAAGAUUCUGCUCCUGUGGCUUUGUAACCCCAAGAUCUUAUAUAACUUUCAUAAUGAUGUUCUUUGCUGAAGACUUGUACUUAUGAACUGAAAUAAAAGAAAAAUUUUAUUAUUGGGUCCAUCGCAAGGUUGCAUCAAUGAAAACAGUGAGGGAUCUCCAGUCAUCAUCAGUUUUUCUCUUAUGUGCCUUUUUCUUGAAGUUCCUUUGUUUUGUUUCUGGUAUAGUUAUAUCGUUUACCCUAUUUAAGAAGCAGUAAGUAAUACAAAUAAUUUGUUACCUGCAGCCUGUCAUUUUACAAAGAGUAAAAAUAUUUUCACCAGAUGGCAGCAUAUUCCAUUACUCCCCUCUUGUGUGUGUAGUUCUAAAGAAACCUUAUACAUGGGUGAAAGCCUUUUGGAAGGUAAUGCAGCAAAAAGCAGAAGACACAGUGAAGAUGGGGCAGAAUGAUGGACAUUUAUUUAAGGAAACCCACCCAUUUGGCCAAGCCUUUAAGAAAUGACUGGUUCAGAUGUUAUUUUUAUAACAUUUUAUAACUGGUUCAGUAGGCAGUUUAAUGCCAUUGAAGUGAAACAAAGUUUGAGGAAAAGUGUUUGUCAAAUGUCUAAGUCUGUGUUUGUAGUUUUUUUGUAUCCUUCUUCUCAUCAUUUUGGUUACCUUGUCAUGUUUAUAAGUGAAAUAUCCUGGAUUCUGGGAAAGGAAUAUAGACGUGCAUGAUAAAAAUUUGUGUAUGGUGAUGAAUUGCUGUAUCUUAUGUACCUAUUGCUCAUAUAGUCUCUGAAAAGUGACAGAUUAUUCAGUGAGAUUGUGGAAAAUAUUUGAUAGUCUUUGUAAGAAAUGGGAGCAAGCAGUCUGCUUAUCCACCUCCUUAAUGAAAUGAAACAUUUGUGACCCCGAUCUCAUUAUGGGAAUCAUGUUUGAAGGGAGGCUAAUGCUUCAGUGUGUACAGAUUGUUACAAAAAAAAUAUUAAUUAUGGGGCUAGUCCUUAACAAAGGAUUUUCUAAUGAAUAGAAGUGAACUUAUGUUGUAUCCAUUGACUUACUGAAUGAGUUGCUGAAACGGCAUGAGGGAUUCAUUCAGGUCAAGUGCUAUAACCUAUGUUAGGUUCAGUAUUUUAUCCUUUCCAUGGAUAAGAUUGACAUUUAAAACUAACACUUCGUGAUAUAUCAAUAAGAAUUGAGGUCAUAGCUUAGUUUAGAGUGACUUUUAGCAAUGAUGCCACAUGUACAAUUUUAUGACUUUAAUACUGAAAUUUGGUUAAAAGGAAUUAGUAAUGAAGCUUAAUAUUCUAACAUUGUGUUAUUUGGGAAGGUAACGAUGCAUAAAGUAUCAUUUACCUGUGGGAAAACUCCAGAAAGUCGUAUUCAUAUGAAAAUAUUUUUAGUAUAGGUCAUUGUGGACACAUCUUAAUAGUUUGCAUCCUGUUGUGUGUCUCACAUAAGAUAUAAAGCAUACAAGAAUAUACUGUCUACACAACAACAUUCUGUAUUUUAAGACAAAGAAGACACUACUGUAUGAACAUUUGUUUUAUUAAAGCUUUUAUGGAUGCGCCCAUACAGAGUGUUGUUGUGUAGACUAUAUAUUCUUGUAUGCUUUAUAUCUUAUUGUGGACACAUUUGGCAGACUGUGUGAUUGUUUUGUUUAUUUUAUAUAUAUAUAAAUAGUCAAGCAGAGGAAGAAGAUGAAGAAAGUGCUCUAGCAUCUGGAGGCAGGCAACUAGUCUCAUGAUUUGAUUUUAGUGUGGUGCAGGGUUGAGAAAUUACAUGCUCAUUUUUUAUGUACCAACAUCCAGAAUCAGAUAUGCCUUUGUGCAUGUUCAGAUACACUGGAACCCCAUUUAAUGACCUCAGUAUAAGGUUUUCCUUCAUUUAGCGUUCAAUUUCCGUGAUCGCAGCCGAGUAAUCUCAGCAUUAGUUACCUCAGUUUAAGAUUUUCCUCAGUUCAGUGUUCAGAUUCACUCCUUUCCAAAGAAUCUUUAAAUGGGGUAUCCCUGUACUAUGAAAGAUUUCCUGGUGUUAAUUUUGUUGCACAUCUUGAAGUUAAUUAUCCAUCACAUACGUGUAAUUAAUAUUAUGAUUAUGUUCGCUUUUGACUUUCUGCUUAAUGUACAUAAGUUGAGAUUGUUUCAUUAAGGAAUACCUUUUUAAUGGGAUUUUUUUUUUGUACAGAAGGUAGGAAAUGGGGGACAAACUUGGUUUUGGUGGGGGGAGUUGUGUUCUCAACCAAAACAUGUAUUUCUGUCAUUUACAGAUAUCGCUUGUAAUAGUAGUUGGUUCUCUAUGUAUAAGAUUGACUUUUGUGGGGUAUUUUGAUAUUUAUAUAAAUUAGAUAUGUUUCUGAAUGUGUUUAUUUUAGAGUAAUAUUUUAUUGGUUGGGGGUGGACACUUUUUUCUCACUGUCACUUUAUUUUGUGUGUGUGUGUAUGUGUGUAUGGGAAAGGGGGGAGUUUUGCAUUUAUUUUUUUUUUUGUGUUCACACGUACGUUGUUAUAUCUUGCCCUUAUUUUGUACGUAUUAUGUAUAUUGUGUUUCAGACCUUUUAAUGCAAUAAAUAACAAAUGCUCAGAGAUUGGUAGGAGCAUAUGGUCUGCUUUUAUUGAUGAAAAGAGUUGGCUGUAGUAAUUUCCCUGAAGCUCCAUUACAGCAUUGUUCUGAUAACAGGUUAUGGUCAGAAAUGUUGUUAAGACUGUUAGAAAAUUGUCUGUUCCUCUCAUUGUUGUAUUCACAUUCUUAAUAUGUGUUGCAGGAACUGUGGUAUUUGAAAAUUGGUUAUGAAGAAUUCUAUUCUCAUCAGGUAUUGAAUGGAUAUCAUGAAAGAUAUGGUCAGUAACGCUGUGGAAUUUCAUUGUUCUGCCUUGUGUGUGCAUUGAACCACCAAAUUACAACCAUGCUGAAGACCAAUGAGAAAUUGCAGUGUACUGCAAGCAUGGAUGAUCAGAAAACCAGCGUAUUAUGACCAUUUUAUUAUUGUACCAUUUAAGUUAAAAGAGCCAGAAUAGCUCAGUCAAUUAUAUCGACAGGCUACAGCAUGGAUGGCUAGGACUCAAUUCCCAACGGGGCAAGAUUAUUCUCUUUGUAGCAUCCAGUCUGGCUCUGGCCCAGCAUACUAUCCGUUGGGUAGUAGGGUAAAGUGGAAGGGGUUUGAGGCUGACCACUCACCUUCAUUUAGUUCCGCGGUCAAGGGUGGUAGAGGGAUACCUUUAUUCCCCUUAAGCACAGGGACACCCUCUUCUUUUUUACCAUUUAACACUUGAUCCUGGUUUUGAACUUCAUAUAUUUGUAGUCCAGAACAUUGAAUGUAAGGCCAUAGCAGAUCAUAUUCUUGUAAUAAGUAUUCACCAAAUGUUUCUUGUCCAUGCCCUGCCAAUCUUGAAACAUCAGAGCUUAAAAAUGUAAAGACAGACAACAGCCAUGAAACAGUUCCCUGUUUCUUGUAAUGUCAAGGAUGCCAGCUGUUAUGUUCUUUGACUUCAGGUGCAGCAGUGAUAUGAUAUUUUACAGUUGUUAAGAUUGUUAAGGUAGACCAGUUAAAAUUGAUGCUGUUAUCAUUCUUCAGCCUCAGUGAAGAAAUGAUAAGGGCCUAUGUUGUUUUCUGGGGAUAUGACACCAUGCAGUUUGGUAGAUAAGUACAGUCUUGUGACCUGCAUCUUGAGGAUUGGAGGGAGUGGGUUCUUCAAGAAUGUUGGUAACCAUAUGCUACACUGCACACUUCAUGCCCCAGAAGACACUAUCUUAAGUCUUCCUGCUGUGAGAACAUUAAAUCUCUCAUUGCAUGAAAUACUGAUGCUGAUCAGCUGAAUUGUUUCUCUUACAUUGUACACUGCCACCAGAAGUUACUGUGUACUGUUACAGAAAGCAGUCUGCUUUUUCUUGAACUAAUAUUCAGUCAUAUACAACAUAUUCCCUUUACCCCCAUCCAAGAACUGGCCUUUCUUUUCCAUUAGUUUUAUAAUACAAUACUAAAUUCAGUGAAUAAAAUGUAUUACAUAUGUCACUAUUGUAGUCAAAUGCAGUAAGUAUUUCAUUUUGUGAACACAGUUUGGUGUUGCAUUUGACAUUGAAGGAAAUAUAUGCACAUGUUGGAAAUGAAAUAAUGUUACUUGCAGAAAAUGGAAUAAUAGUUGUGUCACAUAACACUUUGUGCAAGAAAUGGGAGGACAGUUGAUUGCUAGAAACUAAGUAAGGAACAGAAAUUUGUGAGAAAGCUCGGUACAUUAUGUUGCACUUCGUAAGAAAGAACGUAGAGACAAUAAAUAUUCCCUUGGUAGCUGAGUUGGCUUAACAUAAAAUGAACUAAGUCAAGAUGCGGAACUGCUUGGUUACUUGCUUUUAAGGGAUGUCAUGAUGUGUAUACAUGGUUAAUGUGAGCUUUGUGAUUAUUAUUUAGUGGUGCUCACCACCAUUUACAUUGCACUGUGUAGACUCAUAGAGUUAAACUAAUAUUUUAUAUAACUUGCAUAUCUAAAGCCUGUUGAAGUAAGUGAUUUCAAGAACUGUACAUAUGUUUUAUAUAUAUGAUAAAUUAAGAAUAAUAAUUUUGAGGCACAUCUGAAUUUCUGAAAAAUAUUUCAGACCAAGAUUUCAAAUGUCUGGUUUUCAAGGAAAUUUUCAACUUUUAUUGAAAUAUGUACUGAAUUGAACUUUAUUUUUCAAUUAUGUGCAUGGUGUUUUAAAAUGAAUGUUUGGAUAUAGAUGACAUUUGGAUGAUGAGUUUAGCCAAUUUGUUAAUGCUUUAUAGACUAUGCUGUCCUUGGUAGGUAUGUCAAGAAUUACAGAUUAUCUUAAACUUUACGUGGAAUGUAAAUAUAACAGGCAUUUCCUUGUUAUUUUCUUCACUGCACUUUUUCAGGAAGUGUAUACUCCUAUA